AUUCCAAAUAUUUCAAACGUGUUUUAUGAUCUACAUCCAACAUGCUGAUUAAAGUAAAGACCCUCACAGGAAAAGAGAUAGAGAUCGAUAUCGAGCCCACAGACAAGGUGGAGCGAAUUAAAGAGAGGGUAGAGGAAAAGGAGGGCAUUCCACCACAGCAACAGAGACUUAUCUACAGUGGAAAACAGAUGUAAGUAUCAAAGCUUCACAAAUUCCGUACUGUAUCGGCGGGGGAACGCCUACUCCAUUCUCUGGCUACUUAAAGGGUGCUCCUGUACCAGCCUCAGGGGAGAUAAAUGGUUCAUAGAGGUAUCAAUAUAUGUAGGAUGUUCCUCUACAUGAAAUCCUUUCCUUUUUAGAAUAUAUUCCCAAACUCUCAGGAUAGUAGUGGGGACAGGUUCUGGAUUCAAAGCCCAAUGUUUGCAG